CCACCUCAGCCCUCAGAGCCAAAGCACGCAGGAUGUGGGCAGAAAAACAAGUUCUCCCCCUGUGAGGCUGGAAGAGGAGCAGCUGAAGCGGCGCUCAUGCUGAGGCUCUCGGCUGCAGCAGGGGAUCCCAGCAGGACUAGAUUUACUGUUAAUCCAGGAGAAGGAGCGUGCGGGGACAAGCUGCUGGACUCUGGAGCUUUACUUUUUCUUUUCAUUUUUCCGCCUGGCCUGUUGAAGACUUUGUGUUCUGGCCUCUCUGAUGAUGUGAGGAUGCCAUCUUUGACGGCUCGCUGAAUACAACCUGCGAGAGCUGGAUGUUCAUGGCCAAAUGUAGAGUGAGAGCGGCCGAUGAAAAGCAGUGUAACGGCGCGAUGUCAGCCACUCAUCAGGGGAUGAACGGCAGCGGCGUGUACAACUACUUCCUCAACAUGGUGGCCUAUCAGAUCUGCUGCUGCUGUGGCCCGGCUCCCUGCUCGCUCUGCUGUGCCUUCUGUCCUCCGGUCAAGUCGUCCACCAGCACGCGGAUCAUGUACACCCUGUUCCACAUCAUGAGCUGUGCCGUCUCCUGCCUCAUGCUGUCCCAGACCGUCUCUGAGCUUGUGAGGGAAAACGUGCCUUUCUUUAACGUGGUGUGUGACCAGGCGCACGGCGGGGGGCACUGUGAGAUGCUGGUCGGCUACUCAGCCGUCUACAGAGUCUGCUUCGGCACUUCCUGCUUCUACCUGAUGAUGGCGAUCUUCCUCAUAGACGUGAAGUCGAGUCAGGACUUCAGAGCGCUCAUUAACAACGGCUUCUGGUUCCUGAAGUUCAUCACCCUGCUGGGGACGUGCACCGCUGCCUUCUUCAUCCCAACAGAGUCCUUCUUACAUGCUUGGCAUUACGUUGGUGUGGUGGGAGGAUUUGCCUUCAUCCUCAUCCAACUCAUCCUCAUCACAGCUUUUGCACACACCUGGAACAAGAACUGGUUAACCGGAGCAGAAGAGAACAAGCGUUGGUAUCUGGCGGUGACGUGUGCCACCCUCUUCUUCUACACAAUCGCCACCAUGGCCUUCACCUUCAUGUACAAGUACUACACGCACCCCAUCGCCUGUCAGUUCAACAAGGCCCUGCUGUGGGUCAACCUGGGGCUCUGCGGCCUCAUGUCCUUCAUAGCCAUCACACCGUGCGUGAAGCAGAAGCAGCCUCGGUCCGGACUCCUCCAAGCCUCCAUCAUCAGCUGUUACGUCAUGUACCUCACUUUCUCUGCGCUGUCCAGCCGCCCACCGGAUAAAAUCGUGUAUCAGGGCAUGAACAUGACCGUCUGCUAUCCCAGCACGGGGCAAGAAGGCAUCCAGAAGGAAGGCAACGCUGUGGCAAUAAUCGGAGCGUUCAUCAUGUACUGCUGCGUCCUCUUUGCAUGUAAUGAAGCGUCGUACCUGGCUGAGAUGUUCGGUCCGUUUUGGAUGAUCAAAGUUUACCGCUACGAGUUCCAGAAAGCUACCUGCUGCUUCUGCUGCCCUGAGGAAGAGGACGCUGACGAGGAGUUUGUGAUUGACGACGAGAACAAAGGAUGUCAGAAGGUCAUUCAUAAUGAGACCCAGAGAGUGGCUUACAGCUACUUCUUCUUCCAUUUCGUCUUCUUCUUGGCCUCGCUCUAUGUCAUGAUGACCCUCACUAACUGGUUCAGUUAUGAGUCAGCAGUGUUGGAGACCACCUUCACCCACGGCAGCUGGUCUACGUUCUGGGUGAAGAUGUCGUCGUGUUGGGCCUGUGUGAUCCUCUACCUGUGGCUGCUGCUCGGCCCCCUGUGCAGCUGUCAGACUGAAUCCAGACCUCGACGCUCGCGCAUCAAACGCCGCGCGGCGUCCUCCCGUCACGUAUCCGUCAGCGUCUGACACUCUCUGCGAGGGGCCAGCAGGUCGGAGGUCGGGUGACUCUGAACACCACCUGUGAGAGGGGGUUUUCAGGAAUGGAUUUCUACAGAGCUUGCAGAGCAGUGAGAAGGACCAAUCAGAGGGCUUAAAGCUCCGUGUCCUAAUGAACAAAGAAGACCUGAAUACAGACCUGAUGUCACAGGAGGAACAAACAUGAACAGAAACCACAAACAAAGACUGGAUGUUGUUUGGAAACACACUUACAGUAUGAAUUGCCAAAGGGAUCAGAAGAAGUGGACUCUCUCUCUUUAUGAUGUGGAUUACAGUAAGUGGGUGAACAAAUGGAAACGUUUCUACAUUUUUACUCUUAUUGUAGUAUUAUUUGAAAUGCAUGUUUAGAUUUUUUUUAAUAAUAUACCAGAAGAGGAAUUCUAAAAUAUUUUAUUUGUAAUAUUUCCUCCAGAGGCAAACAUUUGACAGUUCUGUUAUUCUUCUGAUCUGAGGCGGGGCAGGUCGUGGUGAGAACAUGAACAAAUCUUUCUGCUUGGAAACAGAAAACUUUGGAUUAUUGAACCCAAAGUUUAAGUCUCAAAUCAAACAUUUAAAACAAGAGAUGAUCCCCACAACAACGUUCAAAAGAACAAAUGUUCAAGAUGUUUAUUGUCUCUCAGAGUGUGGGUAUAAACGUUUGGCUCCAUUCAAAAGAGUAAAUAUGAGAGACAUACAAAAUAUGAUGUAAUAAAACUUAUUGCAGUAAAUAGUUUCAGUAAUAAAAUAUCAAUCCAUCAUAAUAUGAAAAAGGUAAAUGGACUUGUAUAGGGCUUUUCUAGUCUUCUGGUG